AUGAACACUGCUCUUCUGCUCCUUCUCGCCUCUGUGGCUGCUACCGAUGCCGCUGUUCCUCUUGUCCCGACGGAUCGGAUGGCUCAGUUUCUCCAGGAGAAGAGCGGUCUUGAGUCGGAGCUGAACACGUGGAAGCAGAGCGAUGCUGGACAGUAUGCCAAGGACCAUGGCUUCCUUCCUAUUCCGACGUCGAGAGAUGUCGGUGGUCAAGCAGACGAGGAAUUGCGUCGGUUCUUCCUGACCAAGUUGAUGAUUCAAGAGGCUCAAGUGACCAACCCGGAGGCUAUUUUCUCCACUGACACGCCGUUUACGCUGAUGACGGACCAAGAGUUUGUCAACACAGAUAAGGACUGGACCACGUCUGAAUGUGUAGUUCCGGUCAAGAACCAAGGCCAGUGUGGUUCCUGCUGGGCCUUCGCAGCUGUGGCAGCUCUCGAGAGCGCCAUUUGUCUGUCUGGACAGCCUCUGACGCCCCUGUCGGAGCAACAAGUGGUGGAUUGCGACGAGGCUUCGUACGCUUGUCAGGGAGGCUUCCCUGGCGAUGCGUUGACUUUCAUUCAACAGUCAGGCGGUGUCUGUACUGAAGAGGCUUACCCGUAUGUAUCCGGUGACUCGGGCGACCGCGAUACUUGCAAGUCAUCUUGCACUCGUGAAGCUGUGACUAUCCGCAAGGUGGUGGGCGUUCCUGAGAGUGACGCUGGGUUGGUCCAAGCAAUCAACACUCAACCAGUUGCUGUGGGUGUCGCAGCAGGAAACCCCACGUGGAAGCAGUACAAAAGCGGAAUUGUGUCGUCCUGCACGACGUCAGAGCUCGACCACGCUGUGCUGGCAGUGGGCUACUCACCGUCCUACUUCAAGAUCAAGAACUCGUGGAGCACGCAGUGGGGCGAGGAAGGCUACAUGCGACUCAAGCGUGGUGCCGGCACUAGCAGCGCCGGCACGUGCGGCAUCAUCGGCCCCAAGUCCGUCUACCCUCAACUGUAG